UGAAAAUUAACUUUAGGUUGAAUGCGCAUGCGCAUACAAGGUAGAAAAAAGAAAACAUGGCGACAGAGAGAAGAAAGCCUGGGUCAAUAAUUAAAGGGAUGAAACUGACGGUUGUUGUGGAAGAAAGGGUCAAUGAUGUAUUAGUUGUUGUUCUAGAACAUGGUUCUAAAGUGUACAGAGGUGUUCUCUUGGAUGCUAAUAAAAGAGGACUGCCUUCAGGGAUUUGCAGUGCUUUCAGUAAUGCUACGAAUGACAAUAUAGAAGAAUCAGGUGACAACAGACCAGGUUACCCCUCUGACAAUACUGAUAAACCAGUUGACAUGCCUGCUAGUGUCUUCAGACAUACAUAUUUUCCUAGCAUGCCUAAUUUAGCUACAGGCAUGCACAACGUACCAGAUCGUGCAUUUCCAAAGCUUGGUAAUAAUAGAACUACGAGAAACAUUCGCUUAAGGCCACGUCAGACACUUUGUAGUAAAUGUAAAUCAACUUGUUUAGAUUCUCAGAAUGGUCCUGUUCCAGUCAAGUCAGCUCUAGCAACUUCUGCAGCGAAACAACAGCUAGUGAGUCCAUCAAAACAAGGGUCUAUUAAAAAUGAUUCAAAAUCCAUUAGGAAAAGAGCCAGUGCUAUUGACUUGGAACCCAAACCUACAAAACUAAUAAAAGUUCAUAGUGAAUCAUGUUUAUCAUCAAAAUUAACUCGCUCUAGUCCCUUUAUAAAAAUUUCAAUCGGAGAAACCAAUGUCAUGAAUAUUCCACCUAGGAUUCAUGAAUUAGAUAGGCAGAUAUCAUCAGAUACAGAAAAGAGUGCUGAUGAAGAUACAGGGGAGUUUAUAGAUGCUAAUGAUAUUGAUAGUAAAGAUAAGGUACAACCUAAUUCUUACAAGAGGAUGUUAAGAGGGUCUCAAGAUGAGCGCACAAGUUCUGAUGAAAACAAAAGUACAAGAAGCUCUUCAUUACAGAGAAAAAACAAAAAAUCUAAACACAAACCAAAAGUUUUUGAUGAAAGUGAUGGUGAUAUGCCACCAAACAUCAUCAUAACAGAAAACAUUGACACCAGUGAAGAUAGUGAAGAUUUAAGUGAAAAUGAACCAAGAAAAUUAGAUCGAGUUAGGCCAAGGUUGAUAUAUACCUGGCGGCAGAAUAAAGGUCUUUCACCAAUGCAUGGAUCUAAUUCAAAUGAAAGUUUAGAAAAUCUUAGAUCUGACUCACCUAUUGAACUCAUUACUAGUCCACUAGAAAACCUUGACGGUACUGCAGUAAUUGAGCCAGAAGCAAAGACUAAUAAAAGAAAGAAAGGUGCUCUCAAAGAAUACAAACUAAGGAGUAGAUCAAGGUCUUUGGACUCUAAUCCAGAAUAUGAGAUUACUCAAGACUCAGCAUACAUAUCAUACGAAGACCCGAAAUCUGUUUCAGACAGAAGUGAAGGGUGUUCUACAGACCCAGACACUACCUCUGAUUCUGACAAUAGUGAUUAUGGUGAUGGUCCACCUGGAGAUGAGCAUGUAGAUGCCUUUAAACCUUUAAUGAUGAAAAUUCACACAAGUAGUGUUUCAAAAUGUAGCAUUCCUGAUGGACGAAAGUUGCAAACUGGUGAUAUAGUGUGGGGUAAAGUGAAAGGUUUCCCCUGGUGGCCAGGUAGAAUAAUGACCAUUAAUGUUAGCCAAAAAGAUAAUGCUGUAGUUAUAAGGCAGAUUGCUCAAGUGGCAUGGUUUGGCUCGUCCACCAUGUCUCAUAUAUCGUGUUCAGACUUGUACCCAUUUCUUGAGGAUUUUAAGGUGCGAUUUAAUAGAAAGAAACGAAGUACUCCAUACAGACGUGCAAUUAAACAGGCAACACUUGCGGCACAAAGUUGUCAACCUCACAGUGAUAUUGACUUGGAAGACUUUGAUGUAUCAUGAUAGCAUGAAUAUACUUUUAGUGUCAAACAAUUAAUAUGUAAAUUUAUGACAUUUUUUGUGGUGUCAUUUGUUUAAAAGAUUUUGUUUGUAUAAAAAUAGAUCUAUCGAAUAUAUUUUAGUUGCAAAAGACUUUAAAUGAUUAUUCAAGAUUGUUAUUGUGUUCAUCAAUCAUCUAAUGAUUUUUCCUGAAUAGAAGAUAAAAUUGUUCUGUUCUAUAUAGUAAUUUUCAGGUCUCUAGUGGAACAUUUUAUGCCCCUGGGCAUAUAGUUAUUGAACCGUCUGUCCGUACGAGAUUAACCUAGAACGGCAAGUUGGAUUUUUCUUAAGUUCUACCUGUACCAAUGGCUUCAUUAAUUUACACACUAAUCCAUACAAAGUAUAUGAUCUGGGCAAGUUACAUGACUAUGGCUUCAAUUUGCACCAAGUUAUGGCCCUUUUCAGCACUUACAAAAUGUAUAAUGGUUAACCUAAACCGGCAAGUUGGAAAUAUUUUAUGUUCUAUCUGAACUAAUGGCUUAAUAAUUUUCACACUUACUUAUCAAUACAAUGUACAUGAUAUUGCCAAGUUAUAUAAAUGUGACAUCCAUUUUCCCAGUAAUUUCCCUUUUUAUCACUUUGAAAAUAGGGCCUUGUAUGGUUAACCUAUUCCAAGUUGGAUUUAUCAAAAAUUUCACCUAAUUACUUAAUCUAUUUAAUGAUAUCUUUCAUAUUUGGUAGAUGGAUACCUUUAACCGUCCUCUAAUUUUUUGUGGCGUUAGGCCAAAGUCUAGGUCAAGGUCACUUGUGUAAAAAAAUAAAUCUAAACAUUUCUGCUCAUACAGCCUUUAUUUUUAAGUUAAUGUUUUUAUGUUUAUAGUAGUCAUACCAAGGGAGGUCCUCUUCCUUUUCUUUUAGUGGGUCAAGGUCACCAAUGUCAAAAAUAGAUUUUUUACACUUUUACAGGUGUAUUAAUCUUAUUCUAUCAACAGAUGUCUUGUAUAUUUUGUAGGAACAUAAAAUUGAGGUAUUCUCAUUUGGGUGGAGGUAGGGUUAAUAGGGUCAAGGUCACCAGUGCUAAAAAUAGAUUUUUACACUUUUGCUCAUGCAGCCUUUAUUUAUUGACAUAUUUGUAUUAUAAUUGGUAGGAAGAUAACUUACAUGGUAUUAUUCCUUCGGAUGGGGGUAGGGGUCAGUUGGUCAAGGUCAAGGGUGCCAAUUACAGAUUUCUACACAUGAUUGGUUUUUUUUCCAUACAAAUUAGCUACUUCACUCUCAGGGGUCAGUUGGGUCAAGGUCAACAGUGCUAAAAAUAGAUUUUUACACUUUUGCCCAUACAGCCUUUAUAUAUUGACAGAUUUAUUUCAUAUUUGGUAGGAAAAUAAGUUGCAUGAUAUUCUUCCUUUGGAUGGAGAUAGGGGUCAGUUGGGUCAAGGUCACCAGUGCUAAAAAUAGAUGUUUUACACUUUUGCCCAUACAGCCUUUAUUUAUUGACAGAUUUAUUUCAUAUUUGGUAGGAAAAUAACUUGCAUGAUAUUCUUCCCUUUGAUAGAGGUAGGGGUCAGUUGGUCAAGGUCAAGGGUGCCAAUUACAGAUUUCUACACAUGAUUGGUUUUCUUCCAUACAAAAUUAGCUACUUCACUCACUAAAGUUAAAUUAUUGACAACAGUGAGCGCGGGGGCUUUGGUGUUUAUCAAACACAGAUUUUUGUUUUCUCUUGUGAUCAUCAUUUUAACAAUGCUGCAUGUAGCUUUUUUACCUUUUAUCUGUUUGUGAUUUAAGUUAUGUUUCUAAGCUUGGAAUCACACAUUUUUAGUAAGUUUAAAAUGAAAUGUAAACUAUUAAUUCAAUUCAAAAACAAAACAAAAAACACUGUAUAUAAUUAAAUAUCUAUUUCACAAAAUUGUAAAAAAAAAACAGAAAGAAAAAAAGUUGCCUCGUCUGUGGUUUGAGCCUGCGCCCCUCAGUUUCAAUGCAGCUGACUGUACUUCUAGCCUAUUUGAAUACUUUUCUCAGCAUAGGUAAUGCAUACCUAAUGCAAAAAU